AUGAACUCGAACAGCAUCGUUGCAGUUUUGGUGAUUGUUGGUUUUUCACAAUGGUCGAAUACGGAAGCAUCAUGUUACUUCCCGCAAGAAUUUCAAGGGGAGUUCUUAAUGCAAAGCCCAACUGUCAGCGGGAAUGGUAUACAAUACAGCCCACUUAAUAUCACAGAAAAUUCGAUACCAGUCUGGGGAAAUUGCCACCGCAGAAUUGGAAAUAAUUUUAUACUAAUGUUUAAUUACAGCGAAACGUUAUGCGUAAGGUGUUUGCACUUAAAUCUUCGUUCGUCGAAUAUCUUACAAAUAUUCGCCGCUAGUGAAGAAACCAUAUCGAAAUGUUUCACGUACGAAGAAGCGGCGGAAGCGAAUUGUCCUUCGGAACAAUCCAUAAUUGCCAAAGAAGCGACGGAAAUACUGUUGUUUAAAACGAAAGACGGUUUCGGAUCGUACACAACGAGGCAAUACUGCCCCAUAGACGGCAACUACCACUUGAGUUACCGGGGAACUGCGAAAAGGCGUUCGAACGAGUGCAAAGGAUUCGAUUCGAUGGUGAAUUCGUGCCCAUCGGGGUCUACCUUGAAUGUCAUGCUAAGAAACUGUACAUUCGAAGGUUACGAUAUGAAAUUCGAAUGCCUUGGACACUGGAAAGGUGUCGAUGAUGAACGUUAUGUGGUAUUUACUGACAGCAGGCAUUUGACCAAUCUCAGGCCUAAAUAUAGAUGCGCUAUAUACAGGCAGGAUUACGAGACCGGUAGAAUAGAAAUGGCUCUAUCCAGAGACUCAACGUGCACUAAUGGAUUGUAUAAUUUUACUUCUGGAUUCGAAACAAUGAUAUUGAGGCCGAAAAUGGAACGGCCCUGGCCUGCCGAGGUAUCUUUCGAAACAUGCAGCUUUCCUCAAUGGAUGUAUGGAGAUUGGGAACAUCUCAGAGUUAAAUCUGACACCAUGAUUUACAAAGACCACCAUUCCUUCAAGACGCACACCAUAAAAUGCGUGGGGGUGUUAGAAGAUGGCGAUAAAUAUUUAGUUUACAGCAGAACGCAGUGCGACGAAGAAUCAUACAAUUGCUUACGAUUGGCUACCAGAGGAAAUAAUAUACUAGAAUUUCAACUUGGCACUAAUACCAGUAUCAACAAAGACGACGUUUUCACUAUUUGUUCAGAUGAGAAUUUCCAAUCGGACCAAUGGAUUACCCAAGGACGCCUCGAAAUUCAACCAGGAGUAUCUACAGGAAUGUGCCCCAUAACUGGAGAAUACACCGGUCGCAUUCCUGAUGCGACCGAACUGUGCGCGAAAUUGUGGUCGGAUUGCAGGGCACCAGAACUUAUGUACUAUCAAGUAUCCCACUGCGAAUCCGAAGAAAUAUUCGAAGAAAGAGAGUACCAAUGUCUCGGACAUUGGAGAGAGCGGAGCUUACUCUACACUUACACUGAAAGGAAGGACGUAGCUCCGGGAACUUAUGAAUGUUUCGUAGGUUCGAUUAUAACGGAAAGUGAAAUUUACAUCAAAGAAGCAGGAGAACAUUGUCAAAGAAACGUAGAUCCUUUGAGAUAUGGAAUGAUGCUCACCAAAAAACAGCCAUUGUAUUCCUGCAUUGACAGGAGCACCACUCCUAAACAAAUACCGAAGACAACGACCAGAAGACCGACCACUAGACGCACUAUGCCUACUUUUAUACCCAAGAAAACGAAACCAGUUCCAGAUUUCGAAUCUAACGAUAUUCCUGAUGUCCCAAGGGAAAAAACGAAGUCGACUUCAACGAGUACUACAAUUUUCAUGGACGGCAAAUUGUACAUAGUUAUAUAUUUAUUCUACACAUAUUUUUAG